CUUACCCUACCUGCAGUCUUAAAACCUUUGUCCCUGUGUCCCCAUUGCAUUCUCAUCUUGAUCUACACCCAAUCCUUUUAUUAUAGUUUCUUUGUGCUUCUCCUCUAAUUAGAACCCUCAAAAGAAAGAGUGAUGGCUUCACCAACAAAAUACCCUAAUGUUCUUAGAGUUGCAGUGAUAUUUCUCAUCUUUUUUCUCACCCUUCCACCCUAUGAACCAGUUGGUUUGAGCUUCUCAGAUUAUGAUGAGAAGGUGAAGGAAAGGAAGCAAGUAUUGGGUUCAAAACCUCCUGGAUGUGUAGGAAAGUGCUUCAGUUGUAAACCUUGCAUGGCAGCUCUGGUUAUUCCUCCUCACCAAAGGCAGGGUGAGAGAGUAAUUCCAUCCCAUGAAGAAGAUGACAGGUACUACCUCCUGUCUUGGAAGUGCACAUGUGGUGAUAAGUUCUUUCAGCCUUGAGCCUUCUUUUGCCUAUGACCCAUUAAUAUUUGACUGUAGUGGUCUUCUACAUGGUAAUUAUUGUAGUAAAUGGCACAUAGUCAAACUCUUUUUUUAAGAUAGACAACUUUUUUUUU